AUGAUCCUCUCACCUGCUGAGAGAUCAUAUCUCUACGACUCGUUGGCCCAGUCGCCCCCAAUCAGGCCAGACUCGCGUUCAGACCAUCAGUUCAGACCUCUAGAAGCUAAAACAGCUUUUCUUCCAGGCUCCAAUGGAUCAGCAAGAAUACGGUUGAUGGACGGAAGCGAGUGUAUCAUCAGUGUGAAGGCCAAAGUCGUAUUGGCGAGCCAGGAAUCAUCACUUAUCGAAUGUGACAUCGAUAUUGCUGGCUUCAGAGACGAUUCCAACUUUGUUCUGAACUUGAAGUUCUAUCUAACCAACUUAUUGCUACACAAUUUUCCUGUUAGGUACCUCAAAUUGACAUCUCGUUAUGCAUUCAAGCUCUUUUUGGAUUGUAUAGUUGUCAGCCACUCGUCAUAUCCCUUGAGUUUGAUCUCGUUGACAUCGUACUUGGCUUUGAAAACUACCAGAUUACCAUUAUUGGUUAGUGAUGUAAACGACGAGGAAAUAGCUGAACAACCAACUUUCUCAGACGACUGGGAUAACGCAAAAUACAUAGACGACUACUUAAAAGAAGGGGAAACCUUUGAACCUCCAAUUUUUAUCACUCUUGGUGUCAUCGGGCCCAACUUAAUUAUAGACCCUUCCACAGAAGAAGAACAAGUGUUGGAAAAUGGAUUGAUAAUCAGUUUCUACAAUAAUAACGUAAUAACACCAAUCUCGAACAUCAAUCUCGCCACAAACUCCAACAACUCGAACUUCAAGGGCUUGAAUAGGACAUUGAUAACCAAAGGUAUCGCUUUGGGCAACAAGUACUGUCCUGCCAUAAUAUCGGCCUUGAACACAUUGAUAGAACAAGACGAUGAAGAGGGGACCAUCUUCUAG